AUGAACAAUAACAUUAAUGGCAAUUGGGAGGAUGAGGAUGAGGAAGAAGAGUUCGAAUUCUCAAGGAAUUAUUUUCUGGCGAAGGAAUUGGCUUCUUCGGCCAAGAAAUCAAAACACAAGCUUACCGACAUAAACGUUGUUGAUGAACAGGAACUGAGGGAAGCCGCAUCGCAAAUUCAACCCAAGCAUGAAAACGAGGUCACCCUCUUAAUGGAUUCCUAUAAAACUAUGUAUCCUGAAUGGCUUCUCGCGCUAAGAUGUGGUUUUGGUCUUCUAAUGUAUGGCUUUGGAUCUAAGAAGGCUCUGAUUGAAGAUUUUGCUUCAACUGCGCUAACUGAAUGCUCGGUACUUGUCGUUAACGGAUAUCUUCAAACUAUUAACUUAAAACAGGUAGUGAUAGCUUUAGCUGAAGUUCUGUGGGAUCAAGUGAAAACUCAACGAAAAGUUUCCCUUCGGGACUUGCCCAAGAGCCAGCAGACAUUCAAUUCUCAAUCCAUGGAAGAUCUUCUUACAUUUUUAGAUCAGGUGAAAAUAGAGGACAGUGAUUUUUUUGUUUGUGUUGUCAUUCACAAUAUUGAUGGACCUGGAUUAAGGGACUCGGAAACCCAACAAUAUCUUGCUCGACUAGCUGCUUGUGCUCGCAUUCGUGUCGUUGCCUCUAUUGACCAUGUUAAUGCUCCUCUAUUUUGGGACAAGAAUAUGGCUCACACACAGUUCAAUUGGUGCUGGUAUCAUGUUCCUACUUAUGCCCCUUAUAAGGUUGAAGGCAUGUUUUAUCCUCUGAUUCUUGCACAUGGCAGUGCUAGCCAAAUUGUCAAAACAGCUACGAUAGUUUUGCUAAGUUUGACACGCAAUGCCCAGAGUGUAUUCAAAGUCCUUGCCGAACAUCAACUCUCACACCCUGAAGAAGGAAUGCCAAUCAAUGAUCUGUACACAGUCUGUAGAGAACGUUUCCUUGUUAGCAGUCAGGUUACGCUGAAUGCUCAUUUGACUGAAUUUAAGGAUCAUGAGCUGGUCAAGAUUAAGAAGCAUUCUGAUGGUGGUCAAGAUUGCUUGCACAUCCCUCUGGCAGCAGAAGCACUACAGAAAGUUAUGCUUGAGAUCAAUUAUUAGUGGGAUCUUGAUUCAACUGAAACUGAAUGGGAAAGCGAAUUAGUUCCUACACAUUUUCCAAAAUUGGAUGGCAAGCAGACACUUUUUUUAGUGGAAAUUGACCAAGGGUGCAUUGGGAUAACGACUUAAUUUAGCACUUAUUCAAUAAGUUUUAAUUAUACAAGCAGUUUAUAUCAUUAAUUUAAAUAUAAAACUUAUAGACAUAAGUUGAAAAAUGUUCAUUUUAAUAAAUUUACAAAGGAAUUUAUGGAAAUAUAUUGAAAAGAAUUUAAGUUU